CCGCUGCAAGUGGGAAGCGCCCAAAACCCCUCCUCCAAAAUCGUAAAACGAGGCUCCAACGGUCUUCUUUCCCUCCUCCUCCCCUCUGUCCUCUUCGCUCUCUCGCUUGCUCGCUCGAAAUCUCUCCCUCUCCCUGACUGUGCGGAUCGAUGGGCGGGCACAAGAAUUCGCGGCCGUCAUCGUCCGACCGCCGCCAGUGGCAGCGGAUCUUUGGGAGCCUGGUGGAGAUGCUGCAGUCCCGGCAGUCGCAGAUUGAAACCCUAGCUGACGACCGCAAGUUCCUGGAGCGCUACAUCCAGACACAGCACGACCGCUGGGCCUCCAAGGCCCGCCUCCUCGAAUCCCACAUCUCCCAGAUGAAGGGGGAGGAGAGGAAGCAUCGUCGGGUCCAGGCGGCCAAGUUGGAUCUCAUGGUCGGGAUGAAGGAGAGGGAGGCUUUGUGCUACAAGAUUCAAUACGAACUUGCUGAGAGCGAUUUGGAGGACUUCCACGCUUGUGUGGAGACUCUGAGUGCCGAAAUCUCAGAGCUGAAGGAAAAACUGCAAGGCAGAGAAGUUCAUAAUGGAAGAAGGGCUGGGCUUAGCGAGGCAGAGCCUGUAGGAAAUCCCAAGAAAGAUGAUCGGUGCCACACUUCCUUGGAAAGUGAGAUUCAGAAGCUAAAACAUGCUUACAAAAGGCUUAGCUCAGAAAAGGAGGCUGAGGUCUCUGCCUUGUUGGCAGAGAAGGAUUUUGUGUGGAACCAGUUCAAGCAUCGGGAAAAGGACUACACUGGUCUCCUUAAGAGCAAGAGAAUAGAAGUUGAACAGGCUGAGGAAGCCAUGGACAAGCUUCUUCGUGAUCUAGAGAAGUUGCAGUCAUCAGCCAAUGAGAAGGAUGAGACUAUUGCUGGAUUAGAGGCUGAGCGGGCUAGGCUAGAAUUGGAUCUGAGACAGCAAACACAAGAAGCCGAAGAAGCUAAUGCAAAGCUAGAACAGCUUCAGCUUGAUAUGAAGCAGCUGCGAACUUUGGCCAAAGAGAAGGAUGAAACAAUUGCAAAGUUAAGAAGCGACCUUGCAAAGAUUAAGAUGGAUGCAACCAAAAGCACUAACAAGAAAUCUGGAUUCUCUAAGGAUUUGGAUUCUCGGAGGAACUCAAGAAAUGCAUCAGCCACACCAGUUGAGAGUUGUGUAAGGAGUUCUCGGAAACGUAACUUGGAAAGCGCAAGAAGUGAUGCAGGUCAAAAGCGUAAACAUGCUAAUGAAGAUUCUGCUGGAUCACGGGUCUCCAGUGCAUUUAACGGCCUUCGGCGAUGUUCAAUACGGAGACAAACAAGGACGUUUUCACCAGUAGACAGCCCAAGAUUGUUCUCUGCUAAUUUCAAGGUUCCAAAAUUGAAGAGCUUCUCCACUGCAGUUCUGUAAUUUAAUAACAAUACCUUAUGUACUUUUCUUGUAUUUUGUUGCUAUUUUAUCAAUUCAGUGCAUAGUUUGCUGUUUUAUGACAUAUCUUUUUUGUACACUACAUAUAUUUAGUGUCUUAAAUGUAUUCCUAGCCUUGUUUCA